CAGAGGGCACUACUGAAUAAAAAAACAACUUUUGUGUCUUGAUCACUUUUUUCAGACUGCUUGUUGUCAGACUCAGUGACGAAGACAACAAUGGCAGCCUCCAGUGCUUGGGAGUACAAUGUCGAGAAUCAGGAGAAACAACACGCCGUAAUUGUUCAGUUUUCAAACGGGAAACUCAAAAACACAGAGCAGGUGGACUUCAUGGUAUAUAAAAACGUUGACACCAACAAUCCAAGAAAGAAACACAGGCGAAUUGUGGCUGCCGAUACAGACAGAUUGUGUUACGUGGGUAAUAAUUUUGGACCAGUAUCCCUGAAAUGCAACACUCUCUGCAAGUAUUUUGUUGGGGUUCUUGACAAGAAGACUGGAAGAAUGGAAAUCCACAAUGCUGAGUUAUUUAACAUGCAGCCGGUCUUCCCAGGUGAAUCUGUUACUGAAGAAGCAUCUUCAGAAAGUCAGAAGAAAUCUUAUAGAGAAAAGGUAGAUUCCCUUAUCGAAGCAUUUGGUACGAACAAGCAGAAGCGGGCUCUUGGUGCCCGUAGGAUGAAUCAGGUCGGCAGUGACACUCUGCAGAAGGCCGUGGCUAAAGCUGCUGAGAACAUUAUUGACAAGAAGGGGGUCACAGCUUUAGUGAACGAUGUUGCUCAGACAGACGCUCAGGAUGCCUUGCUGUACAUCCCGCCGUGUCAGACUGCUGCAAACAAACCUGAAGAUGUUUACAAGUUUGAUGACCUUAUGUCCCCGGCAGAGUACGAAGCCUCUGCAACCCCUGCUAAAGCGUUUAGGGACAUCUUACCUGAAGGCAUACAGAAAAUGAUAGAGGAGGGCAGCCCCUCAUUCGUGGUGGAAGAGCUGAAGUGCAUGCCCAUGAAUGACAACCUCCGAGAUCACAAAGCACGCUGCCUGUGGUACCUGAACCAGCUUAUCAAGUUGUUGUUCAUGAAAGUUGUCAAGCACAAGUUUGCCCUGGGCGAUACCUGCCCGCGUUUAAUUCAGAGCAAAUUAAUGAAGACCUUCACAUUCUUAUCAUUCAACUCUGGCAGUAUCCAGAAUGUGGUUUCAUCCUCAAUGAAGUCCAAGAUCUCAUCCUAUGUCUUGGCCCUGGCUCUGCAUAUCAAUGACUUUCAAACAGACCUGACACUUCUGCAGCGGGACAUGAAGCUCAGUGAGAAUAAAAUGUUGGAAAUUGCCAAAGCUAUGGGACUGAAGAUCACAAAAAGGAGUGUGUCUAUGUCUGGUGGAGUGUCUGAGGACCACAAGUUUGGUACACUGGUACUUCCACUGUUAAAAUAUGACCAGGGUGGGAACCAAAGGAAGAGGAAAAGAAUGGCAUAGGGAGCAGAGAGCAGACCUGAUGUGACAGAAUUACACAAACCAUGACCCUAUUUGUGAAACUAAAGCACAGGCUAAUGUUUGGCAAUGAGAGAAACAAGCUCAAAUAUAUAAACGUGGCUUUCGUAUAUACAAUUUCUUACAACAUUUAUUAAUCUGAAUUCAAGUACACGCAUGUGUCGGACAUAUGCCAUUGUCAUGUUUUGUGGAGUUUCUACAUGCAACAGUCAAGUUGUUAUGAAUCUGUUGGUCACUGUACUAAACAAGCUCACUCUUAUAUGGUCAGCACCCAAAAUUAAACAUGUAUUGUACAUCACUUGUAAAUCUGGUUUAUAAAUAACAUUUAUAAAUGCAGCUGUAUUUUAUCAGUUCAACUAAAUGCAUAAAAUAAAACCAUUAUCACUAGACUGGAA